UCAAGUCAGCAUCAAUUAAGAAAAGGUUUUUAACGUUCCCACCUCUUUGACCCAGAGAAACAGCAAAGCUUGACAUCAACCAUCUCCAUCUCCUCUUCUUGAAACAGUCAGAACACUCCACCCGGACGGAACUCGUCACCUUCCUCUUCUUCUUCUUCUUCUCCAAAAACUCUCGCCGCCACCCCCGUCACGAACUCUUCAAAAAGACCGAAUUUGUUCGAUUCUUUCUUCCGCAUAGCUCCAAUGGAGAAACCGCCCAGAAUGAAGAACCAGAACAAGAAGAGCCUUUUCAAGUUCGUCACUUUCCAAAACCCUGCUUUUAGCCCCACCAGAGACAGCAACAAUCGAUCGUCGUCGUGGGGACUGUUCGACAACAUCAGUACCGCCAAAUCGCACGCCAAAAGAGGCUCCUUUUCGGGGCCGAUUGUGCCCCUAAUCCCCAAGGAAGCCAGGCUCGGGAGGAGAUCCAAGAACGGCGGCGCCAGUCUCGACACCCCGCGGGAACCCACUUCCCCGAAGGUGUCGUGCAUGGGCCAGAUCAAGCACAAGAAAAAGAUCAAGAAGAUGAAGAAGAGCGAGGAGGGAGCGGGAACCGACAAGCCUUCUUCUGGGUCGUCUCGUAGUGAAGAGAAGAAGAAGCCCAAGUCGAGAAUUUUCCGGAGGAUCUUCAGCGGAGCGAGAGCGGAGAGGAGAUCCGGUUCCUCCGGGCUUCCUGCAGAGAACCGCGGGGAGGGAGAGACCGAGAGAGUUUCCGACGAGAGAGCGCCGUCGCUGGGCCAGAUGAGGAGGUUCGCGAGCAGCCGGAACGCGCUGGCGAGCUUCGACUGGACGGCGCAGGUGGCGCCGGUGGACGCGGCGGAGCAGAGGAACUGUUACUCGGACGACGAAGACAGAGACGGAGAAGAGGGAGACGGCGGCGACGAAGCGACGAUUCCAUUCUCGGCCCCCAUGUCGUUAGGUGGAGGAGUGGAGUUGAAGGCGAAGAAGGAAGUGAAUCUGUGGAAGAGGAGGACGAUGGCUCCCCCUCAACCACUUCGCUUGCAACAUCCCCAUUAACUCUCUGCAAAUGGAAUCGUGUUCAUGGAUUCUCUCCAUUUCCGAUGUGUUCUUCCCUCCCUUCUUUUGGGUUUUCAGUUUGCGUUGGCCUCGCCUCUUCAUCUCGUGCAAGGAAUUUGAUGAUUUGUUGUAUAAGGUCACGAUUUUUUGGAGGAUGAGGCGAAAUAAGUUGCAGGCAGCAUUUUUGCUUUGUGCAGAAGAUUACACCUCUCUC